CUUCUCAUCACCUACAUUUCACUGCAGCUUCACUCUCUCUCUCUCUCUCUCUCAUUAAUCAUACCUCGUCAUGCCUUUUCAUCCAAGUAAUUCCUCUGCUACCCUCCCUUUCUAUGCCCUCUUUUGUCCCUUCCCUUUUAUAAUCCUCACUCUGUCAACUUCAGUCCUUCUCUACCAGAUAUUUCUCUGAUAUCCUCUCUACAUCCUUCCAUGUGCCCUCAUCUCCCCCUAUUAUAACCAUCCCUUCUCAGCAUUUUGUGCACCCUCACCUACCUCUCUCUCUCUCUCUCUCUUGGAAUUUUGUUUUCUUCCCUUUGUUUUCUUCUUGUUUCAUUCUGUCAUGGAACCUCAACAACAGCUCCAGCAGCAGCAGCAACAAAACCAACAACAGCCAAACGAGGAUAGCGGCAGCAGCAAAGGCAGUUUUCUGUGCAGGCAAAGCAGUACACGCUGGACUCCUACAACUGACCAGAUAAGAAUAUUGAAGGACCUUUACUACAACAAUGGAGUUAGGUCCCCAAGUGCUGAACAGAUUCAGAGGAUCUCAGCUAGGCUGAGGCAGUACGGCAAGAUCGAAGGCAAGAACGUCUUUUAUUGGUUUCAGAACCAUAAAGCUCGUGAAAGGCAGAAGAAGCGAUUCACUACUGAUAUGCCCAUGCAAAGAUCCCUUGGAAAUGCCGGUUGGAGACCUGAUGAUCCCAUUCACAACAAAUUUCAUACCAUUCCCACUCCUGGGAUAUCUUCCCCAUCUUCUUCUUCUUCACCCAGUGUGCUUGCUGUUGGGCAGAUGGGAAGCUUUGGAUAUGGAUCUGUGGAGAGGAGUUUUACAGACUGUUCAAUAUCAGCAGGUGGUGGUCGUGGUGGGGUUGGUGGAUCUAUAAACCAGAGCUUCGAAUGGGUUGGCAUGGACCCAUAUUCUUCAUCUUAUGCACUCUUUGACAAGAGAAAAACAAUGGGUGAAAGCUUCGAAGAAGAGCAAGAAGAAGAAGCAACUCCGGAGAUUGAAACGCUCCCACUCUUUCCCAUGCACGCUGAGGAUAUCACUGGCUUUUGCAACAUUAAGCCCGAAUCCGACGCCUACUACUCCGGCUGGUACAGGCCCGCCGACGCCAAGACCAGUUCCCGCACUUCUCUUGAGCUUAGCCUCAACUCCUACGCCGGCAGGUCCCCGGAUUCCCCCUGAAUAUUCCUCCAUGCUCAGCAGAUUUUAGCCAUAUAUUUUGGGGCUCAUUACUUUAUUUAGUAAUUGUACUUAGAGACAGUAAUUGUGGCUUGUAUAUGCUCAAGGGUUGGUGGCGUUGGAAUGUCUC